AUGAAUAACGCACGAUGGGCGCAUACAGCAUCCUUAUUAAAUGGAAAAGUGUUAGCUACUGGUGGAUAUAAUGGUCGUGAUACCCCACAUAGUGCUGAGUUGUAUGAUCCAUCAACAGGAACUUGGACAACUACUGAUAGUAUGAGUGAUUCACGAGCGGAACACACAGCAUCCGUAUUAACAAAUGGAAAAGUGUUAGUUAUUGGUGGAUAUAAUAAUGGUGCUGCCGUAAAUAGUGCUGAGUUGUAUGAUCUAUCAACAGAAACUUGGACAACUACUGGUAGCAUGACUAAUGCACGAUGGACACAUACAGCAUCCUUAUUAACAAAUGGAAAAGUGUUAGUUACUGGUGGAUCUAAUGGUUCUAUUCUAAAUAGUGCUGAGUUGUACGAUCCAUCAACAGGAACUUGGACAACUACUGGUAGCAUGAAUAAUGCACGAGUGACGCACACAGCAUCCUUAUUAACAAAUGGAAAAGUGUUAGUUACUGGUGGAUAUAAUGGUAGUGAUACCCCACAUAGUGCUGAGUUGUAUGAUCCAUCAACAGGAACUUGGACAACUACUAAUAGUAUGAAUUAUUCACGAGCGGAACACACAGCAUCCGUAUUAACAAAUGGAAAAGUGUUAGUUACUGGCGGAUAUAAUAAUGGUGCUGUUGUAAAUAGUGCUGAGUUGUAUGAUCCACCAACAGGAACUUGGAAAACUACUGGUAGCAUGAAUAAUGCACGAUGGGUGCACGCAGCAUCCUUAUUAACAAAUGGAAAAGUGUUAGUUACCGGUUCAUAUAAUGAUAGUGAUGCCACAAAUAGUGCUGAGUUGUAUGAUCCAUCAACAGAAACUUGGACAACUACUGAUAGUAUGAAUGAUUCACGACCGGACCACACAGCAUCCGUAUUAACAAAUGGAAAAGUGUUAGUUACUGGUGGAUAUAAUAAUGGUGCUGCCGUAAAUAGUGCUGAGUUGUAUGAUCUAUCAACAGAAACUUGGACAACUACUGAUAGCAUGAAUAAUGCACGAUGGGCGCAUACAGCAUCCUUAUUAACAAAUGGAAAAGUGUUAGUUACUGGUGGAUUUAAUAGUUUUAUUCUAAAUAGUGCUGAGUUGUAUGAUCCAUCAGGAGGAAUUUGGACAACUACUGAUAGUAUGAAUGAUUCACAAGCGGAACACAGAGCAUUCAUAUUAAUAAAUGGAAAAGUGUUAGUUAAUAGUGAACAUAAUGGUACGACUUUGAGCGAUGUAGAGCUAUAUUAA